AUGGGGGAGACCUGUGGCCUAUUUUUCAAGGAAAUUGUGGGGUACUUUGCUCGUGGUCUCUAUGAUCCUGUUAGAGCAGAAAACAUCCCAUUUGUCAACCGACAGAUGGCUCAGUGGAUAAAGAAAUAUAAGGAUGCUCUGAUCAUUAAUGAAGACGCGCGGACUAAAGAUGCGCUGGAUUAUCUGGACGCGUUCUUUGAGCAGGUCCGGGACGCUGGCUACGACGAGACCGAGAGGAAACUCACCGCGCUCUACGACUGUCAGCGGCUGCAGUUACUGGAGCUGGCCACCGAGGGGGAGCAGAACCCUAAACUAGAUGAGCUGAGGUUCAUCCUGGAGGAGGAAUACCACAGCAAUGAUCAGACACGCGCCGUUAUGUUCAUUAAGACACGCGCCCUCGCCGACGCAAUAAAGAAAUGGAUUGAUGAUUCCCUCAAGUUCUUGAAGCCUGGGGUUCUGAUAGGAAAAGGCAGAAAAUCCAACUUUACCGGCUCAGGAAUGACUCUGAACAAUAAGAAAUGGAUUCUGGACUCUUUUAAGGGCUCUGAUCAGAGUAAGAUGCUCAUCGCCACAUCGGUCGCUGACGAAGGCAUCGAUAUCCCACAGUGCAACUUGGUUCUGAUGUAUGAGUAUUUGGGAAACGUGGUGAAGAUGGUGCAAGUUCGAGGUCGUGGUCGGGUGGAGGGCAGCCGGUGUUUCUUGAUCUCUAGUAGUAAGGAGUGCAUUGAGAAGGAGAAACUAAACAUGUUUAAGGAGAAGAUGGUGGAGGAGGCCAUCGAGCAGCUGCAGAAGCAUCCUGACAUCAGCAACCAGGUGGACAAGCUGCAGAAGGACGAUAAAACCCGGAGAGAUCUAAUCAGCGCCAGUCCCGAAAAACCCAAAACCCAGGGCAGUUACGAGCUCCUGUGCAGCAAGUGCAAGAGGUUUGCAUGCAUGAGUGACGACAUCAGAGUCGUGCAGGGUGCUCAUCAUAUCGUUCUGGAUCGCUCCAUGUUCAAGCGCUGUACAACUGUUGCCCAUAAGAACCCAAGAGACUUCUGUGGCUUCAAAAAGAAAGAGAAGUUGCUCUGUGCUGAGUGCAAACACGACUGGGGCCUCGUCACCUCUUACACCACUAUCCAGGAUCUGCCGCUGUUGAAGAUCCAGAGUUUCGUGGUGCGGGAUUGCGUCACUCGCAGGCAGGAGUACUUCAGAAAGUGGCGUGACGUGCCGUUUGCCAUCCGUGAGUUUGACAUGACGGAGAUCCCGCCUGAAAUGUGCCGGCUGAGAGACUGAGACGGCAAACACAACCAGCGCUGGAGUUUAGAGUUUAGACUCGUUCCUCAUUCCUGUUGUGUGUCUUAAACAACAGUAAUCCAACACUGGACAAACACACACAAACAUACAUUAUAAUGGUUAUUCACAAUUAGUUUCAUUAUUUUUUAAUGUUACUUGAGGUUUACUGCAAUUGACUUAUCUAAUAAGACACCUUUAUUGCUUUAUUUUAUCUUUUGUAUUUUAACGUGACCCUGGAGCACAAAAGCAGUCAUCAGUAGUGAAGGUGUAU